AUUCUGUGGACAAUCACAAUGGGAAACAAAGGAGGAUUCAUCCUGCCGGUGCUUCUGCUCAUCCUGGCUGCCCUCUGCCAUUCAGGUCACAGCCUGACAUGCUACAGCUGUCCUGAAUCAGAGUAUACCUGCAAUCAUACCAUCAGUUGUGGGAUUAAUCUUGAUGCGUGUCUUUUCAUCAAAGCCGAUCCCCUAAGAUAUUACUACCAGUGUUGGAGGAAGGAAGAUUGCAAUUACCAGUACAUUUCAAACUCUUUCCAAAUUAAGAAGCUAGAGUACUAUUGCUGCCAGAAGGACCUUUGUAAUGGAAGUGCAGGCACGAGUGCCUCCAGGAAGAUGGCUCUGCUGGUGACCCCAUUGCUGGCGGUAGCCUGGACCCUGUAUCUCUAAAUCAACACCAAGAGGCCUUCUCCUAAACUUUCCGUUUCUGUAUAUUCCUUAUUUCCUUUGCUGCUGCAUUCUAAAGGCUAUUUUUCACCUGGAUCCUGUUGGGAAAGACAGACUAGCUUGAGCAACUUGAUUAAGAGAGAGACUGAGAGAUUUUGAAGACCAAUCCUGUCUGCAGCAAAGACCCACGGAAGGAAAAAAAAAAAUUUAAGAGUGUAGCAUGUGUGAUUUGAGCUAGGUUACAUGCUCCUCCCUCUGCUUUUUGCAAGACCAGCUUUGCAGUGACAGCUCGAGUACAUUAGAUUCUCUGCAUGCCCCAGUUACUUGUUACUUCCCUUCCGAUUCCUUAGACUAUGAUCAGUGCGUUUGCGCGGCCCUGAGGCAGGGGAUUCUUUUCAACAGCCUCUCACAAGGAAUGCUUUCAUCCUCUCCCUUUGUGGCUGCCCAGCAGGCACAACAAUCUCUCCACAUAGGGGCCGUCAGUCAGGGGCAGUGAGAUUCUCCAUGCAAAGCGAUCGGAAUGAUCUUUGUAUUCUCAACUAGCAGGGUCUGGCAGGGAAGGAGAGGAGUGUGGAAACCCCAGCCAGGUCUGUCUUCCGAGGGGUAGCAGUGGCUAAAAUCGGAGUUCUCCUCUGUCCCUCAAUUGUGAAUGGGCCUUGCUGUCUUCACUAGAAAAACUUAAUGGCAUAUGUUAAUGAUGUGUUUAAACUGUCCCCCCAACUUUGUCAUUAGAUUGGCGGGAUAUUUUGGCUUUGUCACACAGUUAAAGACUGAACAUUGGGACGUUCUUUGUUAAAAAUGACUUGCAGGAUUAAGUGUGCUUAUUUUAAAUAAUCCUGGUAGCCAGUCUCCUCAUAUAUGUACGUAUACUGUGUGAACACAGAGGGAGGAGCCUCUGGGGUUGCAAUUUGGCACCUCCACAUGUCCUCAUGAACAGCAACAGGGGUGUGUUUUACCUGCCGACAUCCGGCCUAUCACAAAUGUCAAGGCAUUUGAAAGCUCUCCCGGUUUCCUAAAAAGUGACACACCUUUUCAGGAGGGCAGAGUUUUGCCUUUGUCUUGUGGGUGUUGCUGAGUGAUUCUCAAGAUCCAGUAGACUUAAGGACACGUGUAUUCUUACAAUCUUCAUUUAACGGCAGAGCUUGACUUCCGCAGAUGAGGGCAGCAUUUCAAGAUUAACAUUUUUUUCAACCCUUUGAUCAUGUAAUCUGUGUGACAAACUGGAAUGAAUGAUGCCUUUCCGAAAAUAAAAUGUCAGCAAGUG